UGUCCCUCCCAAGAAAGGUACAUGAGAUCAACUCCCAGAGUAGGACAGGAGCCCAGCCCAAGAACAGGAAGGGGAUGCUGCUUCCUUUUGAAGAUAGCCACGGAAAGAAGCUAGCAAAUGCUUUACCAGCGUGAGCAGUGUGGGCUCCUUCCUUAAAAGCAAGUUUUCUGGAGUGGAGACUUAGAGAGCGAGAGAGAGGAGCCCAAAGAAGAAAGGAAGGGGCUAUGGUUUCCUGGCCCCGCUGCUCUGUCUCUGGCUGCUUCUGCCCCUGGAAGAUUAGCCACAGGACACAAAGAUGCCCCGCUGGUCACUGCACGCCCAAGUUCAGUUUAGUUGGUGCCUCUUUGCUUUUUAGCCCGAUUGCUUUCUCCGAGGGAGCAGGACGCGCAGCCCGGCAGCCUUUAGUGUAAGCUGAAGAGGGGGUUGCCUCCGAACUCAUCUCAAGUACUUGGUGGAGGCGGAAAAGAGGGGGAAAGGGAAGAAGAACUUGGAAGUGUCAAAGGAAAAUUGGUGCCAGUGGAGGCAGCAGAAAGGACAAAGCAAAUUAAUUUGUUGCCUUUUUGUGUCUGUGCCAGUUUUUGGAGAUCUUAAAAAAAAAAAAAAAAAAAAAGCACCCAGCCCCAAGCCCCAACCCCUUGGCUGGCUCUUAUGGGAAUGAAACACUCCUCCCGCUGCCUGCUCCUAAGGAGGAAAAUGGCGGAGAAUGCUACUGAGAACACCGAGGUCUGUAGUGGCCCUUCCCAGCCUCCUCAGCCUAUUGUCAUUCCGAAGCCUGUUCAAUCGGUCAUUCAUGUACCUUUGCAACCGAGCUGCCCAGGCCGAGGCAAGAUGGCAAAACUUCUGAAUCCAGAAGAAAUGACAUCCAGGGAUUACUAUUUUGAUUCCUAUGCUCACUUUGGAAUCCACGAGGAAAUGUUAAAGGAUGAGGUGCGCACAUUAACAUAUAGAAACUCCAUGUAUCACAAUAAACAUGUUUUUAAGGAUAAGAUUGUAUUGGAUGUUGGAAGUGGCACAGGAAUCCUCUCAAUGUUUGCUGCCAAGGCAGGAGCCAAGAAGGUGUACGGGAUUGAAUGCUCCAGUAUAUCUGACUACUCGGAAAAAAUUAUCAAGGCGAACCACUUGGACAACAUAAUCACAAUAUUUAAAGGUAAAGUGGAAGAAGUUGAACUGCCUGAGGAUAAAGUAGACAUCAUCAUCAGUGAAUGGAUGGGUUACUGUCUUUUCUAUGAGUCAAUGCUAAACACAGUCAUCUUUGCACGAGACAAGUGGCUGAAACCUGGAGGGCUUAUGUUUCCAGACCGGGCCGCUUUGUACAUGGUAGCAAUUGAAGACAGACAGUACAAGGACUUCAAAAUUCACUGGUGGGAGAAUGUGUAUGGCUUCGACAUGACCUGUAUUAGAGAUGUUGCCAUGAAGGAGCCCCUGGUCGACAUAGUAGAUCCAAAGCAAGUGGUGACCAAUGCGUGUUUAAUUAAGGAAGUGGAUAUUUAUACAGUGAAGACAGAAGAACUUGCAUUUACAUCUGCGUUCUGCCUCCAAAUUCAGCGCAACGAUUACAUUCAUGCCUUGGUCACCUAUUUUAAUAUAGAAUUUACAAAGUGCCACAAGAAAAUGGGGUUUUCAACAGCCCCUGAUGCUCCAUAUACCCACUGGAAGCAAACUGUGUUCUACUUAGAGGACUACCUAACUGUGAGAAGAGGUGAAGAAAUCUAUGGAACUAUAUCAAUGAAACCAAAUGCAAAAAAUGUGCGUGACCUGGAUUUCACAGUAGACUUGGAUUUUAAAGGACAGCUGUGCGAAACGUCUGUAUCUAAUGACUACAAAAUGCGCUAGCAAAAGAACCUCUUGAGAGGCAGAGAGAAGAAUUGCAUCAAAUCUUGAUCCACUGCACUUCAAGCUAAAAACAACUGUUUGCAGGUCUAUUACAUUAGACCCUAGAAAGCAUACUUUGGUGGAAAGUUGGUAACCUGAUCCUUCCUGUUGGUGCCACAUGGAGAUGGGAUCCUGCUAUGAAUGUACAGUAUACAGAACCAUAACUUUUGUCAAUUAUAUAGGCAAAAUAAGCAAACAGUCUUCAGUACUCUGGUUAAUUUUAGGAUGGCAGAAGAUGCAUAAUCAAAUUGUACUAUUUACUGUGAAUUUCUGGUUCUUCCAAGCUUUGCAUGCUACAGGCAAUUAGGACAAUUACUUUAAAAUAGAAGACCACUGAGACACAUUGUCAUGAUAGCAUUACUGAGAUCAUAGUCAGUAUAAAUAUAUUAUAAAUAUAAAAUAUGUUGUACAUCAGAAGGAUUCUAUUGCUUCAUAAUAGGAAUUUGUUUUGUGAUUAUUUUUUUCUUCCCAUUAAGCAACAAUAGAAAGUUAGCUGUACUGGCUCUGAUGUUAAUCUAGCUAGGCAGAUGCUACAGCUGUCAUUCACUGCCCUCCACUGUAGCUGUGGGGAAUAUUACAUAUUGAUUGUUAGUGUGAGCUAGAAGGUAACAGAAAAUCAGCAGGUAUAUUUUAGAGUAUCAGUUGGAAAACAUACAUCUCUAACUUUCAGUAUUGAUUUCUGUCCCAUUCACAGAUUGACAUCUGUCAGUUAUUUAGAAAACAAGUUUAACUUUUCAUCAUUUGGGAACAUUUUGUGAUGAAUUGUUAUAGCUGGAUUUUGCAUGAGACCCUCUUAAAUUUGGCAUACAGUAGUUGAAUCUGAUGAGUGCAAAACCUAUAAAAUGGUAGAUUAGUCAUGCUUUGUUGGCCACGUCACAUCUCAGUUUACCUCUCAGCAACCAUCUUAAUACAAAAUCAUUUUAGUUCUGAAUAAACAGGGGGUUGGUGUUUACUUUUUUGGUGGUGUUGGACAGGUCACUUUAAAGUGCAAAUAUUAGUCUCAAAAGUGCAGUGAUUACCUUUGCUGAAAUGGGGUAAUGUUUAUUUAAAAAAAUCUGUGGCUUCUGUAUUAUGAAGAUGUCUGUAGCUUUUUUCCCCCUUCCACUUAUUAUUUUACUUUCAAUAUAUUCAGCUUAUAGUUAAAAUAUUAACUGUUUAUAUUCCUUGAGAUGUAUGUAUCAAUUUUUUUACUAUAUAUAAAUAUUGGGCAUUUACUCACAUGUAAUUUAUUAAAUUGUUGCAUCAUCGUCUUCAUCUGUAUGUCUUCCAGCCACCAAAGGUAUUAGGCACAAAAAGAUGUUCUUGUCAUGUACUGGAUAAAAUUGACUAGCUUUCUGUCUGAGAUAAUUUCUUUAUCAGCUGCAAAUGAAACAGGCUAGAAGUUGUGAAAAGCUAACAGUGCUGAAGGUGUAAACUUGUCUGUAAGCUUUUCUUAGGUUCCUGUUUUGUCAGUGUAACGAUUGUCUGCUUUUAACCUUUUAGACAUGUUUCUAUUGUUUUUCACUUCAUCUGAGAGAUGUACAGUACUUCCAUUUUCUUAUGGUCUAAAGAUUAUGGUCUUGGGAUCAUGGUACAUGGUAUCUAUGUAGAAUGAAAUUAAACUGUAAUUUGGCAGUAAAACAAA